AUGAGAUUUUAUUGCACCCAGCAUCACCAGAACUGGACAGGGACUAGGACUGUACUUCAAGCAUCACCACUUUGUACAUGGGGAAAUCUCCUUGCCAAGGUUAAAAUCAUCCACAAUUUGUACAAGGGUAGAGUCGCCACUUUAUUACUUGAGGUUCUGUUGUUCCCCGCAGCACCGGAGUACAACUGUAUAGUGUAUACGGGCAGCUCCAUAGUGACCACCAGAUUGAAUGAGUUUUGUCGAGCCCACAUUGCCCUCGGGAAUAUCUUCCCGCAAAAACAAAGUGAGUGUAAAAAGAUAAAGCGGAGACUAAACAAUGCAAAUCUAUUCUUCAUUCAGAUGGCAAGCUCAUCAGUCCAUCCUCCUCCUCCACAUGCUUUAGCACAAAUACAAGAAGACAUAAAGUACUUAUAUGCAUCAAAUACUAAUGUUUCUAACUUUGUCUCUGUGAAGCUUUCCAGCUACCGCAAUUACCAUCUGUGGAAGACACAGAUGUUUUCCCUCAUGGAGACUUACAAUCUGUACGGCAUUGUAGAUAUAACAUUUACUGGUCCAAGAGGUUUGAGCCCAGAGAUGGAGAAACAAUAUAAUAUUCUUGUCAAAGGUUGGAUCUUGGCUUCAAUUAGCGAAGAGCUCCUUGGCACUGUUGUUGAUCUUGAUUCGGCCAAAGAUGUCUGGGAGAAACUGAAAUCAUUCUAUGAUACAACCGCCAUUCCAGUUUAUGAAGAACUUUCGCUCAAUCGAAAAAGGAAGCAGAAACAGAUCGGAGAUAAAAUUUCAUCAGAAGAGAAUAUCACAAUUUCAUGUGAAAUACAAACAGUGGAUGAAGACAUAAAACGAAAAGGAAAAAACAAGAUCAUACGCAACAUGAAGUUACGUCAAGCUAUUGCGGAAGGAAAUUGGAGGGAAGUAGAGUCCAAACUAUCAUCGGGUAAACGCGCAGACACAGAGCACAUAGACAGUGAUGGAAACACCAUGCUUCAUAUAGCGGUUGGAUUACGUCGUAACCGUAUACUCAGAAAUAUAUUAGAGUAUACAGACGAAGUAAACUUACCGAAAAUGAGAAAUUUUGAUGGAAACACAGCCCUGCACAUAGCUGCAAUCGUUGGCAACACAAAAGCAGCAUCGCUCUUGGUAAAAAAAAACAGAAGAUUGUUGGAAAUUACAGACCAUAAAGGUGAAAUACCUUUGGACAAAGCUUAUGAAAAUAUGCAUCUUGACACCAUAGAAUAUUUGUUGAAAGCUGCGAAUGAUGUCGAUGGAAAAUCCAAGAAAAAGUUUUUUCCUUUAGAGGAUUCUGUUAGCCCUGGUGUAAAAGUAGGCGUUAACCUUCUUGUUAAUGCUGUUACUGCAAAGCAAUAUGACUUAGCAACACAGUUAGUCAAGAAGUCUCCUGAAUUUGUUGUGGCAAAUGAUAAUAUACUUCUGGCAAUAACUAGAAGUUUUCGGAUGGGGCUGGAUUACUGGGAAAUGCUUAUAUAUCCAAAUAUGGGUGAUAUUUGUGAAAGGAUAGUCAUGAGAGCCAGGGACUCGUUUAAAGUAUUAGUAUACUACUGCAAAGACAUGACGUGUAUAAUAGAAGAUGUACAUGAUGACGUGAUCUUUGGUAGUAGACAACUGCUACUAUACUUCACAUUGAGAGGUCCAUUAGCCAUGCUUCGUUGGAUUUAUUACAUGAUUCGCCUACUCAUAUUGAUACUUUAUUUUCCAUUCUUUGUGUUUUAUUUCCUAUUCUGGAAGGUUGCAACGAGAGUAGUUCCACUAAUUAAGCGUAUCGAGAAGAAAAUGAAGGAACAAAAAGCAGCAAAAGAAGUUCUAAAAUUGGUAUGUGAUGAAAUAGAGAAGUUGGAAUUCCCUGAUGCUCAUCCUCUGUAUCAUAGAGUUGUUCUUGAGGCUGCACGUCAAAACAUUUAUGAGGUUGUUGAUGAGAUUUUAAUGAGAUCUCCUAAAGCAGUUCGAUAUAAAGAUGAGAGUGGGUAUGACGUUAUACAGUUAGCAGUUAUACACCGUUCAGAAAAAGUCUACAACCUUAUCUAUACCAUUGGGGAGCGUAAGAGUGUUUACAGAAUGAUCGAAGAUUCUUCUAAGAACAAUAUGUUGCACUUGGUUGGAAGAUUACCUUCUUUGCAGAAACUCAGACAUAAAAGAGGCCCAGCAUUACAGCUACAAAAAGAGCUUCACUGGCGCCACGAAAUUGAGAAGCUCGUGUUUCCCACUUGCACUACAAAAGAGAACACUUUCAAAGAGACACCAGAUAAGGUGUUCAGAAGGGAGCACGAAAAUAUGGUGAAGGAAGCAGAAAAGUGGAUGAAAGCCGUAGCAGAAUCAUGCAGCAUCACUGCAGCACUAAUUACCACAAUUGUGUUUGCGGCAGCCAUUACAGUACCAGGUGGAAGCAAUCAAGAAACAGGCAUCCCCGUGUUUACAAAAGAAAUUGCUUUCACGAUCUUUGCAAUAACAGAUUCAAUCUCACUAUUUGCAUCCAGCACAGCAUUACUGAUGUUCUUGUCGAUCCUCACAGGAAGUUUUGAUGAGAGAGAUUUUCUAUUCAGUUUGCCAAGACGACUGAUGAUUGGUCUUUGUGCGUUGAUGCUAUCUACAACUGCCAUGAUGGUGGCCUUUGGGGCAACGUUGUUCAUUGUCUUUUCUCAUAAAAGACCAUGGAUGCUUGCUCCAAUUUGUUUAUUAUCUUCGGUCCCGAUUGCGACUUUUGGUGCUCUUCAAAUCCCCCUCAUAGUAGAUCUCUAUCGGUCGACAUAUGGACACAUAUUUGGCAAUCCAAAAACAAAAAAAUAA